AAGAAUAUGCCCGUGGUUGCGUUCGCUCUUGGGUUUGUGGACUUUGCGGAUUGCACUUCCCCACUCCAUCCCACGUCCCCUCACCUCCUCCAAUAUUCCUCAAUUUUGGUCCCCAAUUACCAUUUUGCAAGAACCAUGUCCUUCUGUGGGCAGCUACAAUUACCUUCUUUGAUUUACCAAUUAAUCUCGUGCUGAUCAUGUUUGGUCUUGCUUUUUUUAUAGAAAACAAAAAAGAAACCAUUUUUUUGCUUUUCUAAGCUUGACCAAACAUGAUUUAAGUGAAGUUAUUGGGCUGCAGGUAGCAUCAUUUGUGGAGGAGGAGGAGUGAGCGAGUGAUUUUACGGCUUCAAGAAAUUCAUUAUUGAUUUGUGGAGGAAACGGAUUGAUGUCGCUGAGAAUAAAGAUGGUUGUAGAUAAUUUUGUGCAGGAGCUGAAGGAGGCCCUGGAUGCUGACAUACAGGACAGAAUUAUGAAGGAGAGGGAGAUGCAGAGUUACAUUGAGGAGCGUGAGCGUGAAGUUGCUGAGCGCGAAGCAGCCUGGAAGGCUGAACUCUCUCGUCGUGAGGGUGAGAUUGCUAGGCAAGAAACACGGCUAAAGAUUGAAAGAGAGAAUCUCGAGAAAGAGAAAAGUGUGCUUAUGGGAACCGCGUCAAAUCAAGAUAAUCAAGAUGGAGCUCUUGAAAUAACAGUAAGCGGCGAGAAGUAUCGUUGCCUUAGGUUCGCAAAGGCGAAGAAAUGAGGUACACAAAUCCUUAUUUAUUAUACUAGCUCAUUAUGACAUGUUUUUAGGGAUAAAUGAGUUAAUAUUGGACAGUGUUAAGGAAGAGAAAUGAGCUAAAAUCUUGUUUAUUAAUUCUCUAGUCGUACUUUAAACUUUGUACCGAACAUGCACUUACUGGUUUAGAAAUCAAUUGGAUGCUCUUAGUCUUGUAAAUGAAAAAUUGCAGAUACUUGAUAAUUUAAACUGACUCUCACUGAGCUUGUAUUCAAAUUA